CUUCGAUGCCAUCGUUCCGGACAGGCGACUUUCAUUCCGCUCGAGACGAUCCAGGUGAAGGCCUUCAACUCCAACCUCAAGGGUGUGCACCGUGGAAUGCGUCCUGCAAUCGAGACAGUAGACUACGAAGACUCUGUUUCCCGCGCUAUCAUCUAUGCUUGCGGAAACGCCGUGGUUUGCGAUGACCUCGCGACAGCUAAGUACCUCUGCUACGAAAGAAACCUGGAUGCCAAGACAGUCACUCUCGAUGGCACAGUAAUUCACAAGGGUGGUCUGAUGACUGGUGGUCGCGGUCCUCAGCAAAGCUCCAAGCGCUGGGAGGACUCGGAAGUGGAGAACCUUCACAAGCUCAAGGACAAGCUCAUGGCAGACCUUUCCAACCUGCCCAAGGGCCACCGCAGGGGUACCGAAGAGGAGACUCUGCAAGGCGAAUUGGUUGGUCUUGAACAGCGUCUCGCUUAUGCUCGCGAUGAACUGAAGGCCUUGGGGAAGAAUCUCAAGAGCAAGCACAGCGAGUUUGACUUCGUCAAGCGCCAGCUCGAAGACCUUCGGCCGAAGUACGCGGAGCGAAAGGAAACGCUGGACGAACUGGAUCAGUCGAUCACAGAGACGCAAGAUUCGGUCAGCGGUGUCGAGGAUGACAUCUACCGCAAGUUCUGCAAGCGCCUGGGCUACGAUAACAUCCGUGAAUACGAAGCACAACAAGGUUCGCUGCAGGAAGAGGCUUCUCAGAAGAAACUCGAGUUCACAACACAAAAGAGCCGAAUCGAGAACCAGCUCAGCUUCGAGAAGCAGCGUCUGCAAGCUACAGUUGACCGUAUCAGCGGUCUCGAAGCACAGCACCAGCGUGACGAGGGCCUGAUCGAGGAACUCAAGGCCGAACAGCAAAAUAUCCGCAACCAGCUCGAUGAAUUCGAGGCUGAGCUUGAGAUCCUCCGCGAACGUCUGGGAGAGCAAAAAGAGGUGUAUGGACAAUCGGCAGAGAACCUUAACCAGCAACGACGGGAACUCCAGAAGCGCAGCAAGAACGUCGAAGGGUCCUUGAAGAAUAUUAGCGGUCUAGAGGCUGAGGUGCAACGGAAUUCGUCAAGCCGUUACACUCUUCUCCGGCGUUGCAAGCUUGAAGAUAUCGACAUUCCUCUGGCUGAGAGCUCCAACUCACUCGACCAUCUUCCCAUUGAUGAACUCGUCCAGACGGCUGAUCCGGAUGCCAUGGACGUUGACGAGGAUGCCACUGGCAGUGGUCAGGCUAUCGUGCAAGACUACGGUGUUGAAGUUGACUUUGACUCUCUAGGAGACUCCCUCAAGGAGGAAUCCGAUGAGAAGCUCGAAGAGGAGCUGCUGGAGAAGGUCAGGACACUUAACAGCGACCUCGAUAAGAUGGCACCGAACACCCGCGCAAUGGAGCGUCUCGAGAGCGUCGAGAACAAACUUCGGGGUACUGAAAAGGAUUUUGAAGAUUCUCGGAAACACUCGCGCAAGGCGAAGGAUGACUUCGAAGAGGUUAUGCGCAAGCGUUCAGAUCUGUUCAACAAAGCCUUUACGCAUAUUUCUGAGCAGAUCGGCCCUAUCUACCGGGAGUUGACGCGGAGUUCCAAUUACCCGUUGGGUGGACAAGCGUAAGUCGCCCAUUAUCUUCACCUCUCACGAAGAAACGUCUAAUAAUGAUAUAGGUACCUGGACAUCGAAGACUCCGACGAGCCCUACCUCGACGGUAUCAAAUACCACGCCAUGCCACCCCUCAAACGAUUCCGCGACAUGGAGCACCUCUCCGGAGGCGAAAAGACAAUGGCCGCUCUCGCCCUACUCUUCGCAAUCCACUCCUACCAGCCAUCCCCCUUCUUCGUGCUUGAUGAAGUCGACGCUGCUCUGGACAACACCAACGUCGCCCGUAUCGCGAACUACAUCCACGACCACGCUGCGCCUGGUAUGCAGUUCAUCGUGAUUAGUU